AUGGUUCCAAGCAUCCGGGGCGCUCGCAAGCGUCUGAUUGUCUGCUGCGAUGGCACAUGGAUGGACUCUCUGGGUAGCAAAGGCUCGGAGCCCCAAUCCAACGUGACCCGGAUCUCGCGCGUUCUUCGACGGACGUGCCAGGACGGCACUCAUCAGAUCAUCAUGUAUCAUGCUGGUGUCGGUAGCUCAGAGAGCAAGGUAGACAAGCUCACCGGAGGCCUGUUCGGUGUCGGCCUUGACCAGCUAACCACCCCAUGCGUCAAGAGCAUCAGAGAGGUAUACAACUUCAUUUGCACCAACUAUGUGGACGGAGACGACAUCAUCCUGAUUGGAUUCUCCCGCGGUGCCUUUACCGCGCGCUCCGUUGCCGACAUGAUUGCGACUGUUGGCUUGCUGACCCCUCAGGGGCUUGAAUGGUUCUAUGGCGUAUUUGAAGACUACGAGAACAUGGGGAACACCGAUCGUGAUUUGGGCGAUUUCUUGUAUCCCGAGAUGCUACCGUACCGAGGCGAGAAGGGGGCCGCCAAGGUGAAGUGGGAGACGGAGCGAAGAUUAGGAUACAAAUCCUGGCUCAGCAAGGCAAGUCCCGUCAUGUUCCCGUCCACUCGUAGAAUCCAACUUCGCAGGUCUGACAUUAAGCACGUGAAGAAUGGUCUUGCAAGGUACACUUAUGAGGACGGCCAAGCUGUGCGUGACAUUGCCAUCAAAGCCGUCGGUGUCUGGGACACAGUGGGCACCUUGGGAAUCCCUCCGGCUCCUUUCGCCAACACUCAGAUAUCAGACCACGUGGAGAACGCGUUCCACGCCCUGGCUCUCGAUGAACCUCGGUACGCGUUCCGCCCAGCGCUGUGGGAGAAGCUCGAUGGCAACAAAACCAACCUCAAGCAGGUUUGGUUCCCGGGCAAUCACGCCGGCAUCGGAGGGGGUUGGCACGAGCAGCAAAUUGCCAACAUCACCCUGGCCUGGAUGUGUGACCAGCUGUCUACCAUUGGGGUUGAGUUCAACCAGGGCCGAAUGCAAGACAUCUUCACGCAAAGCCUGCGGUACUCUGCCGGACAUCCAUUCUCCUAUGUCCCUUCGAGCCAAUGGACGUCGUGGCUGUGGCCAAAGCAGCAACUGCCGUGGGCAAACCCCAAGAUCUGUCCGGUCGAGGCAUCGGGUAUUCGUCGCGACGAGUCUGAAUGCGACGGAAAGGACCGCCAUCCCAUAGGCAGUGAGCAAGAGCUGUGGAAGACGGCCCGUCCCUGGGGCCUAGGUCAGAUCCGGUAUCCCACCAGUCGACUCCAGACCAUGGCGGGGACCACUGUCCGGCACCCCGGGACUUUCAUGCGUACUGAUCCGGAAACCAACGAGGACACCGAACAGCCUUUGCUCCACACGAAUGAGAGAAUCCACAGUAGCGUGAGGGUCCGUCUAGCCUGCCAGGGCCUGGGAAUGGACGACGCGGAAAUAUGGGACUGCAAGCCUCUCACCAGGAACGACGAUGGAGGAGAGCUCUGGAAGCUUGAACGCGGGUCUAGGUUAGACCUCUCCUCGUCUGCCGAGAACCGUAAGCCAAGGGAGUUGGAUGUUGACGCCGAGGGCUACGACGCCAGGCUCUAUCCCGUCGAGAAGGACGACGGGCUCUGGCAGUGGGUUUUUGCUGGUGCAGAUGGGCACCCCGAAGCCGUUCCGCUUGUUACAACCCUGCCGGAGGAGCCCAUGACGGGAUACUGGGAACGGUACCUGCUUGCAUUGACAGCGGGAAGCCCCGACGUGUGGAGGUGGGCGGAGGAGAACCCUCCCUUUGGCUUGAGCUAG